AUGGAGUGCUGCCUGUCCGAGGAAGCCAAAGAGCAAAAGCGCAUCAAUCAGGAGAUUGAGCGGCAGCUGCGACGAGACAAACGGGAUGCGAGGCGAGAGCUGAAGCUGUUAUUGCUGGGUACUGGUGAAUCGGGUAAAUCAACAUUCAUCAAGCAGAUGCGUAUUAUUCACGGCAGCGGCUACUCGGACGAGGACAAGCGGGGCUUCAUCAAACUAGUAUACCAAAACAUCUUCAUGGCGAUGCAGUCAAUGAUACGAGCGAUGGAUCUGCUGAAGAUACUGUACAGUGAUCCGGCAAAUAUCGAGCAUGCCGAGCUAAUACGAAGCGUAGACUUCGAAACAGUGACCACAUUCGAACCGCCAUACGUUCAAGCAAUCAAAGACUUAUGGGCCGAUGCGGGCAUCCAGGAAUGUUACGACCGAAGGAGAGAGUAUCAGCUAACAGAUUCCGCCAAAUAUUACUUAAGCGAUUUGGCACGUAUCGAACAGGAAGAUUUUCUCCCAACGGAGCAAGAUAUUCUAAGAGCUAGGGCACCGACAACGGGCAUUUUAGAGUAUCCAUUCGAUUUGGAUAGCAUCAUCUUUAGGAUGGUAGACGUCGGCGGACAAAGAUCUGAAAGAAGGAAAUGGAUCCACUGUUUUGAGAAUGUAACAUCAAUCAUAUUCUUGGUUGCACUGUCGGAGUACGAUCAAAUUCUGUUCGAAUCCGAAAACGAGAAUCGAAUGGAAGAAUCGAAAGCUUUAUUUAAGACCAUUAUUACGUAUCCAUGGUUCCAACAUUCGUCGGUGAUUCUGUUCUUGAACAAAAAGGAUUUGCUGGAGGAAAAGAUCAUGUAUUCGCAUUUGGUAGAUUACUUCCCCGAGUACGAUGGACCACAAAGAGAUGCAAUAGCUGCCAGAGAAUUUAUACUUCGCAUGUUUGUAGACUUAAAUCCCGAUUCGGAGAAAAUAAUUUAUUCACAUUUCACUUGUGCGACAGACACCGAAAAUAUUCGGUUUGUGUUCGCCGCAGUCAAGGACACGAUACUUCAGUCCAACCUAAAGGAGUACAAUCUGGUCUGAACUCGGAGAGGCAACAGUGCUUGCUUGCCAUUGGCACCUGCGUUUCGGUACCGAUUACAACAGAAGCAUAAUGGUGAACGAUCGCUGGCGAUGAUCUCGUUAACGUCAAAGGUGUGGUAUCCCUUCAUCAUUAUUCGCCUUUGGUGCCAUGCUACUGCAACUCUAUCGUCAUUGUUACCAACAAACCAACAAUUACUUCAUCUAU